UGCACGGUCUUGAUGAAGAUGAUAUCAUUGCAUAAGGAUGGUCGUAGCACUUAAUCUGAAUAUCCACUCAAAGCACUCCUCAGAAUUGUAGUGCCUGACUCUGAGGAGGAUGUUAUUCUUUUUCUAUAUGCGGUGUGUGUACUGUAUGUGUCCUGCACAGUAUAUCGUAGGAAACAUUUGCAGGAGCUGUAAUAGGACCUUUCCUACUCUUAAAUGUGGUGCAUAGUGUUUCAUCUCAAAGCGUUUCCUUCAAACAGAGCCUUGUCAGACAUCCCGUGGACUGACGUGAAACCUGCAUUGGAGCUUUAAUCCAUCGGGGAGUCAGUGUCACGGACCGCUGGAGGCAUCUCAAGACAGCUGAAGUCAGAAGACUUGAAGUAACUGCAUUUUAUUAUGAAAAUUGUGUAAUGAGUAGUGACUUUUGUAGGAAUAUUAUUUUUGAACACUGGUGUGGAUGGAUUAAAUAAACCCGUUUUUCAAAAUAGCAACACUAAGCCCUCACUGCUGCUGCUGUUAAUAUUUUUCUUAGGUACAUUUUUCUUUUAUUAAUAUCUCAUAUUUUAAUUGUUUUAUUUUCAUCAGUUUGCUAAAGCUAUAAUAAAAAUUCAUAUGCAUGCACUAAAUACACACACGUCUGUACCGGCUUAUUGCCAGCACAUUCUUGUCAUCUUUGUGGGUUUUGGCUUUUUUUGCACAGUAGAUGGGGCUGUCAAACUUUGCCUGGGAGCUGGGUAGGCUGUCGUCUCCUUUCCUCUUUUUGACCUCCUUGGUACGUUUGUUUGGCGCGCUGUUGCUGCUGGCAUCCUCCUCACUGAUGAGCUCUCCUAUCACAGAUGGCUUAAUACUUCAUUUUCCCUCGCUGCUUUCCUUCCCUCCUCCAGCUGUUCAGCUCUGCUGCUUCCUGCUGUGAGGGUAUUGACCGCUUUCCUGAUUGAAAGAACACGCAGAAGACUGUGGAGCCACAUUGAAUAUCACAGAGGCAGAUAAAUAUGAAUUGAGGAUUAUCAUAUCUUUGACAGAACAGGAAACAAGAGGUACAGGCAAAUAAAGAGUGUUCUUUUCUAUAUAUACCUGGAACUUUAUGUUCAAGUGACUGUGGGGUGAUUUAUGACCUCAGCUGUAUAUUUAUAAUAUAGAGAAUGGGAGGAAAAAAAAUAUAGUUAUAAUUUAAAUUUUUUAAAAAUGAUUACAGAUGGAUGGGGUAGAUAAGCCAGAUUUAGUGCUGUAGUCAUUGAGCCUAAUACCUGAUGUCCAAAGUUACAAUGAAAUGUGUUAAUGACAAGAUAUUUGUUGUAAUUUUUGUUACAAAUAUGAAAGUCCGUCGAUAUUUUUGGUGUUAAAAUGGCUAAAUAUUUCCCCAUUGUUAUUAAACCAGCAAAACUUGUUACAUAAGUGACCCCAUUCUACAUAGUUAUAAAUCUCUGUAUCGCUGUUGUUAACAGUCAUGUGAUGAGGUGGACAAUGUUUACAGUGCAGUGAUGUCAUUUUAUAUAAUGCAGUCUGAAGUCAUGACCUUAUUACUCGCUUAAAAACACAAAAGAAACCCCCAAAAUCUGUUAAACCUGUAAGUAGUUAAUCUGCAGCUGGUUUCCUCUGUGUAUAGUAUGCAUAGCUGGAUGCUUUCAUAUCAAGAAAACAAAGGAAAAUCUAAGUGUCUUUUGUGAAAAUGCUUACACUCAAUGUACAGUGUGUAAAAAACAACAUGAAAUCAUCUUAAAUGUUACAUAUUAUGUACAAACUCUACCCAAACAUCCAAAGAUGCAUCCAAAUACUAGUGUUUACAUGUUCAUUUUAUUUUACUAUUAGAGAUAGUCAAAAAAAAUUCUAACUUACCUCACUGCAUACAUAUUAUAUGCAAAUGUUAUUUAUAUACAUGUAUAUAAAAUCUCAGGUUAUAGUCAAUUAAAUUAUACAAAAUGAAAACACUUGACUGUAAACAUUGUGUAACUCCGUAUCACAUGACCGAUAACAGCGAGAGACACAGAUUUACAGCCGAGUAGAAAGAGGAAGUCGAGAAGCAGUUGCUGAGCCAUAAGGAGCAACAGGUUGUGGUGACAGCUUUGUGACUUUGCUCUCUUUGGGCGAAGCGGGUAGGACAGCAGGGAGAAGAGGCGAAAUCAGCUGGUUUCGUGCAGGAAUAUCUGAGUAUUUUGCGCCACCUUGUGAGCCAACCUCUUCCAAGCCAACAGCACAUCUGUCACAAAAUGGUGUCUUUAAUUUGCACUCUCCGACAUCAUACAGAUGAGGUCACCUGCUGUGCCUUCUCUCCAUCCCUCCUGGCGACCUCCUCCGGUGAUAAAACGCUCCGUGUUUAUACCACAGCCGACUUCUCGGAGCUUCCCUUUUCUCCUCUCAGGGGUCACGGCUACGGGGUCCACUGCUGCUGCUUCAGCUCCUGCGGCAGCUUCCUGCUCAGCUGCUCCACAGACGGCUCUGUCAUCGUGUGGAGCGCCGAAACAGGUGAGGUGAAGGCUACGCUCGAGCACCCAGGCCGCAGUCCUCUCAGAGUUUGCGCACUGGCGCCAGACUCCUCUCUCCUGCUGGCAGGAGCCUGCGAUGGCACCGCGGCCCUCUGGGACUUCCGCUCCAAAACGCUACGCAGAUGUGCCACCGUAAGCGAGGCCAGCGUCGUGGCUUGCUGCUUCUCUCCAUGUGCCCAGAUGUUUGUGACCGGCUGCACCCGUGGAGACCUCAAACUCUGGGAUGCUUACACCAGCCUUCUGCACGCUGAGAAGGAUGCUCACGACCUGGGAGUCACCUGUUGCUGCUUUGCACCCCAGUUCAUCGUUAAUGGCUGCUGUGUGGAGUUUCGACUGGCCUCCUGCGGACAGGACAGCCAGCUGAAAAUAUGGAUUGUUUCCCAGCGUGAAGGAGCAGCCUGUACCAUGAAGCUGCUUCAGACUCUCACCAGCCAGACGGCCCCAGUUCUGUCUUGUGCCUUCUCCUCUGAUGGAGAAUGGGUUGUCUCAGGCUCCGUGGAUAAAAGUGUCGCAGUAUAUGAUGCGAGCCUGGGAACCGUGCUCCAAACUUUGAAACAACAUGACAGCUUUUCCCAGAAGCACCGGGUGCAGUGGUGCAAAAGUAUAUUCCCCGGCACUGCUUUUGCACCGUCAUUGAUGUGGCACCACAGGUAUGUAACCGCCGUUGCGCUAUCUCCCACCUUUCCCUGGAUUGCAACGGGCUCUAUGGACAGAUCGGUAAACGUGUGGAGAAUUGGAGAUGGGGAUGACAGCACUGCAGCUGAAUCAAAGGAGACACAGUGCCAAGGAAGGAAGUUGCCAGGUCACUCCGGGUUGCUGCUCACUGAUUGGUCAGAGGACGAUGUGCAGACUUGGCUGCGUGACGAGGGACUAGUGGAGCUCGUCGGUAUCUUUAAAGCCAACAACAUUGAUGGACCAGAGCUUAGCCAGCUGAACAAGGAAACAGCAGCUGAGCUUGGAAUUGAGUCGGUGGGCCUUCGUGGUCGUCUCCUGAGGAGAAUCGAGGCCCUGAAGGCAGAGCAGAAUGGUUCAGAAGCCCCAGAUGAAUUCCUGUGCCCAAUCACCAGAGAGCUGAUGAAGGAUCCGGUCAUUGCUGCAGAUGGCUAUUCCUAUGAGCGGGAAUCUAUUGAGAGCUGGAUUAGAGGCAAGAAUAAAACCAGCCCCAUGACAAACCUUCCUCUGCAGACAACACUCCUCACCCCCAACAGGUCUCUGAAGAUGGCUAUAACGCGGUGGAAGUCGAACCAGGAGCUCAGAGUAGCUCAACAUCUGAUAACAAAAGCUGAUUGAAGUAAUUAUGAAUUUGUUCAGGGUGCUAUUCAAGAGUCACAUCUGGCGAAGUGAUCAGAAUCUGAGAUCCCAGAGAAGUUGACUGAUAUUUAUACAGUAAAUAACUAUUAUUUUUUAGCUAUAUUUUACAUAACUGUCAAAUAUACUUGUAUUUAAAGAGAGAAUCUCUAAAGCAACACUGUAACUAUGCAAUUUUAAUGUGCCUUUAAAAAAAUAAAGUGAAGUACAACUCAAAAUCCAUUUUUUUUUAUACCCAUUUAAAUUGAAUAAAAUGGGUUUGCUUUCAGCCUUAUUUGGACUGGCAUACUAUUAGCAUAUCGCUAAUGCAGGCUGAUGCUGGAACUUUAGAUUUACUGCAUUUAUCUGUGCAACUGGCAUCACGUGUUUUUGACUGUGACUUGAGUUAGCAUUAUCAAAAAUCGGUCAUUAUUUGGCUAAUAUUCAGCAACCUUUAUAUAAUCUUACUCCAGUUAUUAAUUACUUACUAAGUACUAUAGUGUGACAUUUUAAAACCUACUGUAGCUUUACUCUGUUACUAACAGCUUGCAGUGGUUUAUUCUAGCUCAGUAAUCCUGGAAGAUGCCAUGUAAAACUGAAUGCUAUUGUUUAAAAAUCAUCUUUGGGUCAUAAUGAAACUCCCACGAGGGUAAACCAAUAGCUCACCCCCCACUAACCAACCAUAGACUUAGCUUCUUGGUUUCAGUGGUGAAGAUGGUGCAUCUUAAACAUGCAAUAGUUGCAAUGCCCAAGUUUCAGGUAUCUGUAUUUUACUUGACUAGUUUUUUUUCUGGCAUCUUUUCACGUUUACUCCCUACAUUUUCUUUUUAAGAUUGCUCAGUGGUAUCUGAUAAACUGGAAAUUU